AUGUCGAGCCGCUCGCGUCGAGUGAGGCGGCGGACGAGCGACGUGCGGUUAAAAGGGCGCGAUAGUGGGGUCACGACCCGCCCCACGUUUCCAUCGGACCUAGGUUUUCUUAUCACGCCGCAAGGACGAGGAAGGUCGAAUGCUCGUCUACGAGCUCGAGAUCUACCGAGUGGAGGCUACGAGCGCUUCCGAUGUUCUAGACUUACAUAG